GUCGACCCCUCUCUCCAGGGAAGGCUGUUUUAAUUGUUUCCCGCCGUCCCGCCACUUUUCCAACCCCACGAGGCGGACAUGCCGACGAUCCGAGUGUGAAAGAACCUCCUUUUCGUACAGUUCUAAUAAUUUCGAGCUAAAAAGGAAAUUAAACGCCGUCAGCCCGUAGCGGCAACACAUGAAAGCGAUACACGGGAUGUAAUGCCAUUUGUUUACACUUCAUUGAUCUUACGUUCUUCUUUCUUCUCUCCUUUCUUUCUGAACAGAAGGGUAAUAGACUAUAAUUUUCACCCUUUUUUUUAAUUAAUUGGGGUGCGUAGGGUCUGCCGCAUCGCGUAGGUUGGCUGCGUGUUUGACAUGCCUUAAUGCGGCCCUUUUCUCCACUGCGGCGAAUGAGCCAGCCGACGAAACGAUUGCGACUUGUCGGUCUCGUUGUCUUCUGCGGACUGCUUCUUCUUUUCUUCGCGGUGUACCGCCGGUACCCAUCCGUUGUGUCAUGUAACUCACCGUACGCAAAUGUCUACGACGUUGUCAUCGACGCGGGCAGCACGGGCUCACGUGUGCACAUCUUCCAAUUUGAGCGCGCCAAGGACGGUGUGGUGCUCUUAUCAGAGCGGUUCCGCCGUGUCGAACCGGGGCUUUCGUCGUAUGCCCUAAAUCCGGAUGGUGCUCAAAGUUCCCUGCAAAGCCUCCUCGAGCUGGCGAUGGAGGCGGUGCCGCGGAGUCACUAUGCCUGCACUUCCGUCACGCUCAAGGCCACUGCCGGUCUGCGCCUCUUGCCGGAGAGCCAGCAGAAAAGCGUGCUCGAUGUGGCGAACACAACCAUAGCGCAGUCGCCCUUUCGUUCUCGCGGCGCCUCGAUCAUCUCCGGAGCACAAGAAGGCGUAUACGGCUGGCUCACGGUGAACUACCUGCUCGGCAGCAUGAACUCCGGUGACACAGCUGUCACCAUCGACAUGGGUGGCGCGUCGACGCAGGUGGUCUUUGAGACGGAGAAGUCAGCGGGUGAGUGGCUUCCAUUUAAUUACGCCCAUCGACUGCGCACACCGAGGCGGUCCAUUGCUUUGUACCAGCAUAGCUACCUUGGUCUUGGCCUCAAUGAAGCCAAGCGAACCAUGAUGACCGCGUUCGCUGCCGUCAAUGGCACGUCAUCUUUUACGUGCUUUCCAACCGGGUACAAGCUGCGGCACGGCGGCGUCGACCUGCACAACGACGGGACGGCAGACUUCGACGUCUGUGUGGAGAUGCUCCGCACACACGUGGUGAAGAGGCCUGUUUGCAAGUUCGACGCGUGUGGUGCCCGUGGCGUCCCACAGCCUUUGUUAUCCACCGGCUCCAUGCCAAUAUACGCCUUCUCCUACUAUUACGAUCGUCUGCAUCGCUUCCAGAAUGAGGGCAGCCUCGUGACGGUAUCCACGUUCAAGGAUAAAGGCAGAGAGGCGUGCCGGCGCGACUCGCAGUCCCAUCUGGAAGCGGGCGGGGAGACGCUAUGCAUGGACAUGGCAUACUUGUACACCUUCCUGACGCAGGCCCUUGGCCUCACGGACGCGACGCCGCUCAACGUCCCGAACCGCAUUGCUGGCAAGGCUGUGUCGUGGUCUCUCGGCUCUUCCCUCUCUCUUGUGCUUCAAAUGGAGUGA